AUGGUGGUCGACAAAGGGUCUUCAAGCCAGAGAGAGGGUGGUCAACUCAAGCAGCGUCUAUCUACCAGGAGGUGCCCAAUAGGAGAAGAACCCAACAAGGCCCACCAAUGGGGCGGCCGCAUCCUGGGGGGCAGCUCGUGCCCGCGGGGGGGCCACGAGGGCCUCGUGCUGCUGCUGCACUUUGGCUCCGCCUACUGCGGGGGGGCGCUGCUGGGGCCCGAGUGGGUGCUGAGCGCCGCCCAUUGCGAGGCCAGCAACAUCCAGGUCCUGGCGGGUGCCCACAGCCUGGCGUCCCCCUCGGGCCAGGAGGAGUUCUCAGUGGCCGUGGCCACCGUUGUCCACCCCGGCUUCAGUGACUCCAGCUACGCCCAUGACCUGAUGCUGCUGCGCCUGGAGCCACCGUUGAGCAGCUCCAGCUCCAUCCAACCCUUUGUCCUACCUGAGGCCCCAGUGGCCACCGGGGCCAACUGCACCGUCAUGGGCUGGGGCACCACCACCAGCCCCGAGGAGACCUUCCCUGACACCGUCCAAUGUGUCAACAUCACGGUGGUCGAUGACACCGAGUGUGGCUCCAUCUACGGCUCCAAAGUGACCGAGGACAUGAUGUGCGCCGGGGCCACCACGGGGGGGAAGGACUCGUGCCAGGGUGACUCCGGGGGUCCCCUCAUCUGCGAUGGGGUCCUUCAGGGCAUUGUCUCAUGGGGCGACCACCCCUGUGGGCAGCCGGGGAAGCCGGGGGUCUACACCCGGGUCUACAACUACCUGCCCUGGAUCCUGGAGACCAUGGGGGAGGCCUGA